GCGGGGCUGGAGGCGGCCCGAGGCGGUGAUGGACGUGUUGUCCAGCGCCGAUCCCCGCCGGGCCUGCGAGCCCUGCCCGUCCCAGCUGGACCCCAACGCCUCUUCCUCCACCUCUUCCUCCUCCUCCUCCUCCUCCUGCGGGCGGGAGGCCCCGCCACCGCCCCUUGUGCUGCCCUGGGCCCGCUUCUCCGCCUGGCUCGAGUGCGUCUGUGUGGUCACCUUUGACCUGGAGCUGGGCCAAGCCAUGGAGCUGGUGUACCCCUCAGACUUCCGACUGACAGAGAAGGAGAAAACCAGUAUCUGCUACCUGUCCUUUCCGGACUCCUACUCAGGCUGCCUCGGGGACACCCAGUUCAGCUUCCGCCUGCGGCAGUCCGGCGGACAGAGGAGCCCCCCACCCCCGGAUGACGGGGACUACGCCCGGAGGGCCCCCGCGACGCUGCAGCGGGAGCCGGCCCAUUACUUUGGCUACGUGUACUUCAGGCAGGUGAAGGACAGCUCUGUGAAGAGGGGCUACUUCCAGAAGUCCCUGGUGCUGGUGUCUCGCCUGCCGUUCCUGAAUCUGUUCCAGUCGCUGCUCAGCCUGAUCGCCCCCGAGUACUUCGACAAGCUGGUGCCGUGCCUGGAGGCAGUGUGUAAUGAGAUUGACCAGUGGCCUUCACCGGACCCGGGGAGGACUCUGAACCUGCCGGUCAUGGGAGUCGUCUUGCAGGUCCGGAUCCCAUCCCGCGUGGACAAGCCCGAGGCCAGCCCCCUGAAACAGUUUAACCAGGAGAACCUGCUGCCAGCCCCCGUGGUGCUCCCCAGUGUUCACGAGCUGGAUCUGUUCAGGUGUUUCCAGCCAGUGCUGAUCCACGUCCAGAUGCUGUGGGAGCUGAUGCUGCUGGGGGAGCCCAUCGUCGUCAUGGCCCCUUCUCCGACCAUCUCUUCCGAAACGGUGCUGGCCCUGACCAGCUGUCUGGCCCCUCUCAAGUUCUGCUGUGAUUAUCGCCCCUAUUUCACCAUCCAUGACAGCGAAUUCAAGGAAUACACUACCCGCACCCAGGCUCCACCGAAUAUUGUCCUGGGGGUUACGAACCCUUUCUUUAUCAAAGCGCUUCAGCACUGGCCACACAUCCUUCGGGUGGGGGAACCGAAGCUGUCAGGGGACCUUCCCAAGCAAGUCAAAGUUAAGAAACCUACCAAGCUCAAGACUCUAGACACCAAACCAGGGCUCUACACGGCCUACAAAACCUUCCUGCACAAGGACAAAGCGCUAGUCAAGAGGCUACUGAAGGGCAUCCAGAGGAAGCGGCCUUCAGAGGUGCAGAGCGCCCUGCUGCGACGUCACCUAUUGGAGCUCACGCAGAGCUUCAUCUUCCCCCUGGAGCACUACAUGGCCAGUCUCAUGCCCCUGCAGAGAGCCAUCACUCCUUGGAAGAACCCCCCUCAGAUCCGCCCCUUCCAGCAGGAGGAUUUCAUGAGGACCCUGGAGCAGGCAGGCCCCCAGCUCACCUGUGUUCUCAAGGGCGACUGGCUGGGCCUGUACAGGCGUUUCUUCAAGUCCCCCAACUUUGACGGCUGGUACCGCCAUCGGCACCGGGAGAUGACGCAGAAGCUGGAAGCCCUGCACCUGGAAGUCAUCUGCGAGGCGAACAUCGUGGCCUGGAUGAAGGACAAGUCUGAGGUGGAGAUCGUGGACCUCGUGCUGAAGCUGCGGGAGAAACUGGUGCGUGCCCGGUGCCACCACCUCCCCGUGAAGGAGGAGACGCUGCAACGGGUCGGCCUCUACAUCGAAACCAUCAUCGGCUCCUUGCCUGAGGACCUGCAGGCCGUCCUGCACCACCACUGAGUGGUUGCCCUCCAGCCAGCCACCGGGCCCUUCUCCCGGACCCACCCACUGCUGUGGGCAGAGCCAGGAGGGACGCUGGCCUCGCUCCUGCUCCGCCCCCUUGCUCCCGUUCCUCCCGCUCAGGAUUGAGGCACGCUUUUCUGUGCGCCCGGCUCCUGGGCACCCGGAGGUGACCACCUCCACCGGCGCUUCCAGGCCUGGCCCUCACGGCAGGCAAUCUCAAGCUGUGGGCUGAAGAGGGUGGGCACUGGCCCAGUCUUGGCUCAGCGUGCUCCCGAGGAUAGAGAGUGUUCGGCCUCUGCCCACCCCAGGUGUGGGAGGUGAGGGCAGUGAGAAGCAGGGUCCAGUCUUCCAGUGGAUAGUGAUUGGGCCUGGGAACCCAUCAGAGCUCCUCAGAGCCAGGCUUUCUACCCUCAGGGUACCCGGGUGGGGCACAUCAGAGCCUCUUCCUCUUCCAACAGAAGCUGGUGGGAUCUGGGCAGGGUUCCCCGGGGUCAGCAUAGGUCCCCCCACCCCCAGGUCUGAAGUUCAAACCCUGCUCUCCUCUCCAGCCUCCCUCACCCCCCGAACACGGGUCAGGGGUGAACCUACAUGGACCGGCCCUCAGGAGGGGGUGCUGGAGCUGAGGGAAGCCAGGGGAGGGGCACAGGCUCAAGGGGGUCUGACUGGGUGGGCGGUGAGCAGGAUAUCAGGGGGUCAGCCAAGCACAAAUAGGUUUGUGGAGGAAGUGUCCCCUGGUCCUGGGGUUGGGGGGCACUCUAAGGGACGGCUGCCCCCACCGACUCAGCGCCCCGGCUGCAGAUUCUCCUCCAGCACGCCACACCCGCUGGCAAGGGAGCAGCCUCCCUGCGUGCUUCUUCCCGCCUCGGACCGGGGCUUCCAGGCUAGUAAACGAGACCGUUUAAAACCGA